CACCUGCCGAUCGGAUGGCCCAGAGACAUGCAGGGGUGGGUGUUGCACUCCCAGGUCAACCAGGUCUGGCACUGGCAGGUCUUGGCCUGGGCCACACUCUGAGAGCCUCAUCCCAACUUCCAUUGCUGUCUGUCAUUCACUCGCCUCAACCACAUCAACCACCGCAACCAACCACCUGCAACGACAGGCAAGCUGGCGCAACGGCAAAGGCGAGCGACUUUAUAAGUCCUGGUAAGACCAGCUAACCACAAGGCCCCACGUUCAGAUACAGUGCUCACCGUAACGUCAAUAAAAACACAGGCAGGUGAGAGAACAAACACUGCAAAUAAAUAUCCCGCAACCCCUGCCCAAACAUGGCAGGGAACACCGAAAAGGAGGGACGCGCUGUAGCACCUUGUAGGGGUGGCAGGGCGUGAGGAGAGUGUUGGUGACAACCUCUCUUUUUGCUUACUUGCUUACUCAUUAAAUAUUAUUUGACAUCUAGGGGUACGUACUUCUUAUUGUCCCUCCAAAUCAAGGACGGCUCAUACAAACAUCGUCGAUGACACCAUCAAAAGUCAACAUGCACCUCAGACAUGAUUAGGUUUGGACUCAGUCCAGCUCACCUUGACCUCAUGCCGCACGGUGAUCCUCUCCAGCGGGAUCUCAUCGCUGCCCUCACUUGGCGCCUUCCCAUCACUGCCCUGAACGCUCGUCCUCAUGCUGUGGCCCCCGACCAGUAUGUGCUCCCCGGAAUCCGUGUCGUCGAGAACCUCAAACGGGCGGGCGCCAGCCUUGAAUGUGGGCCGCUUCCCGCCACCUGGUGCUCCGCCGCCAAUUGUCACGAGAUCGGCCGAGUUCAAGCCACUCAAUCCACUCGGUCGUCUGUUGGAUGACUUGCCCGCGCCAGACGUGAGGACACGCCCGAACACGGCCUGUGCCACGGGUCGGAGGAGAGGCAGGCAUGCGCACAUGACGGCGCACUCGCCCUCUACUAUUGUCAAUAUCCAAGGAACGGCGAUCAGCACUAUGGGUAUGUUAGCAAAUGUCCCCAAAAGCGGUUGAACAUGAGCAAGGAAACGGGCCAACUCACCCGUCAGAUCUCCGUCUGGACCACCGGCGCUGAGCUGGAACAAGAAGAUCAAACGGAUCGCGCUGAUGAACGAGACACUAGAAGCGGGUCAGCAACAAUAGUGACAGGUGCGCUCAGGAUGGACGCCAGCACUCACAAUAUUCCAAGCAGGAAGAUACCAGCCAGGCCUAUUUUCUGCGUGGACCCCAUCCGCAACCGCGAGAUCUCGUACGCAGGCAGCGCCAUGAUGGCACAGUCGGUGAAGAUGUUAGGCACCGCAUUGCCAAUGAAGAACUUGUUGUUGUCGAUGCAUUUACCCGGCGUGUCGGGCAGCCAGAUCUUCUGCAUAGGCUGGCACUGGAGGAACGCCACCAGCGCGACGGCGAUGAUCCAUGCCAGCGUCAGCCCGCCCAGCACGCAGCAUCCUCUCUUGACAAAGGGCGUCGGGAAGAUGCGCCAGUACAUGGCGAGGAUGGAGAACUUGCACACCACGAGCAGCGUGCCAUAGAUGCACUCGACGGCAAAGAGCGCCUGGGGUAUGUCAGCAGCGUCCCUGUUCGAGGACAGGUCCUGCCGUGUGGUCUCCUGGGAAAGCUUACUGCCUGGCCCCGCCCGUAGGCGGCCGGAUCUACGAUCUUGUUCACCGCAUAAUGCCUACCCACCCCUCCGAGACGGACAGCUGGCCAAAGGGGUUAAUUCAUUGUACCCACGCUUAAAGUUCAGCCUACGAUGGCAGCAAGACGGAAGCUUACCGAAGAUCGCUAAAAGAAUGCGUCAAUAGGAUGCCGACGAGAAGUGGCUGCAUAAAAGGUGUCAGUCCAAGGAGAUGCUCAUUCUUAACCCUGUUCACGACUCCCACCAGUCACCUCUUCAAGUUGGUGUUCUGCGUACCACACACACUAUGAUCAGGUAGUCCUCGAUCCCGAGCGGCACCCUCUUGAUGUGCCUAGCCCACACGCGCAAGCCAACGCUCGCGAGCGCGAGCAGCCCCACGGCGAUGGAGACACCGAUCACGGCCGGCCCUUGGUCAUAGUCGAUGUACUCCUGCGAGAACUGUGACAGGUCCCCUGCAUUACUACCCAUCGGAAAGGAGUAAGAGUCCGGCGGUGGUGAUUAGGCCUGUCGUGGGUCAAUCGUGCGAGUGUUGGGUUUCGGCGACUCGUAGAAGGGCGCCCUUCUGCUGAUGUUGCAUAAGAGGAUUCGAUAAUUGCGGCGGAUGGUUGUGGAAGAAGGAAUAUCCCUGAGAUCAGCGGCUGUUAUCGAUCGAUUCGAGUUCUUUUUUUGUCCCGACUGGCGGGGGAAGAUAAUACUCGAGAAAGUGGGAGAAAGGGAGAAUUCAUUAGAGAUUGCCAGCGCGUCCGGGUGUGUGGAUUGCAACAUUCGGUUUCUUGAAACUCUUAAGGUUCACACAGCAUGGCCAGGGGCAGGACCGGCUGGCCGGGCCAAGGGAGGGUGUCGUGUAAGUGGUGCUGCCAUCCGUGGUUCGUACAAAGUGAGCCGAUGCAAUAAUGCGUUUCUUUGGUCGCUGACUCGCUCACACAUCCACCCACGAGUGGGCUGCCUAUCCACCAUGAGGCUCGCGAUGAAUAAGUGUCAUACGACUCGGCACCACCCCACUGGCCGAUCAGGAACGCUCAUGCAAGUUCGCCGCUUUUGCUGCGCGCCGGGAUACAGAUCUUCAGCUCCCGGGCCGCCAAACCCAAAAACCACCAUUACUUAUCUCGGGCGCCCGUCCACCAAUGUCGUGUUUUAUUUCCCUAUUCGUCUGAUCUCCCCAAGCAGGGUACAGGAGAAAAUUUGCGUCCCAUUUCUCGUUUUCGGCCUCCCCAUACUUGUAUUCCUUGUUCGCCACGCAUUUCUACCUCUCCGUCCCUGACUGCCGCGCGCCACAAUCCUGCCGAGCAACAACUGCCGGUCCACAAAACGCCAAGACAAAAAGAGAAGGAAAAAACAAAAAAAAAAAAAAACAUAUUCCCAACCAUGGCAACCUCCGCCCAGAAGCCCGCAAUAAUCAUCGUCCACGGCGCCUGGUCCCUGCCGGACCCGUCCUACACGCCCCUGAAACGCCAGCUCGAGGGCCUAGGCUACGAGUGCCACCUGCCCCACCUGCGCACCUCGGGCCACGAGGGCGAGGUCCGCGGCCAGACGUGGGAGGCCGACGUCGAGGUGAUCCUCGACACGGCGCGGCCGCUGUUCGACGCCGGCCGCGAGGUCGUCCUCGUCGCGCACUCAUACGGCGGCGUCCCGGCGGGCUCCGCGACCAAGGGGAACGGCGUCGCGGACCGGGCGCGGGAGGGCAAGGCCGGCGGGUUCCGGGCCAUCGUCUACGUCGCCGCGUUUGCGAUCCCCGCGGCCGGCGUGGACCUGUUUGCCGUGUUUGGGGGCCAGUGGCCGCCGUGGGCCGAGUUUGCGCCUGCUUACUCCAAGAACCACGCCAUCACGCUCAAGGAGGACGCCAAGCAGGUGCUGUUCAGCGACGUGCAGGGCAGCCCCGAGGAGCUGGAGAGGUACUGGAACGGCGUCGUGACGCACUCGCAGGACGCCUUCGAGGUCCCCGUCACCUUCAGCGCCGCCGACAUCACCAUCCCCAAGAGCUACCUGAUCUGCACCCAGGACCAGUGCGUCCCCGGCCCGCUGCAGGAGCACCUCGCCCAGUCGCUGGGCUUCAAGGCAGAGAGGAUCGACGCCGGCCACUUCCCUUUCCUCAGCCAGCCUGAGAAGUGCUUGGAGAUACUCAAGACCAUGAUCGUCUAGAGUAGGUUUUGGGCGAAUGCUUCUAGCGGCAAGGUUUGGUGAAGUACAUGGUUGCCAGACAUGUGCCAAGAAUUGUCGUCCUGGGAGCUUUAUUUACCGGAGAGCCUGCGGGAAGAACUGGCCCUCGAGAGGCCAAUUGUUGCGAAUACAUGUAGAGCUUUAAUUUCGAUACCCUAGACACAUAUUUUAGAUAGAGUCCAACAUUAGACAUGUUUCCAGAAGUGCUGGAGGCUGCGAGUGGUUUCGCCACGCGUGCAUGUGUUGGAUGAAAUGGUUCCAGGCGGAUAAGACGGAUGGCAGCGCCCAUGAGUCCUGAGCAACCGCGGUUCACAUGAUAUUGAGGUGAUCUGUGAGCUGGAGACGAGAUCCACCCGGCGGAAGCGCAGCCCCGUCCAUACUCCGCAAAGAGCUGCCAUCAAACUUCUGGACGCCAGUCUGGUCGAACCCCCCUGCGAGCUGGUGACCCCUUCCGGCCAUUCUGGGGCAGUGCCUUUCCACUUCUGGGUCGCGCUUGCGAGCGAGAAAAAUUAAGCAGGGAUGGCCUCAGGCCUCCUCCGUCCCUGGCCGAGCUCCAUCAUGAUCCACUCGUAGGCGGCCCACUGGACCGCGUUGACGAUGAAGGCCCGCACGCUGCAGACGGCCAGACCCCUGAAGAAGACCCUCAGCCCGCCCUCCCUGUACGCAACCCGCGCCACCUCGACGGCGCCGAGCCUCGCCGGGGCCGGGCCCCGGAGCAGGGGGCCGGUCUCCCCCGUGACGACGGCGAUGGUGCCCGGCGGGGCGAGGGCCUGCGCCUGGACCCGCGUCUUGAUCACGUCCAGCGGGAAGAUGCUGGCCCACGUGACGAUGCCUGCGAGCCCGCCGCACAGGAGCGCCCUGGCUGUCUCGCCGCCGCCACCGGUCUCCCGGGACCACCGCGCCGCCCACCGCGUGGCCAGCUCGUAGCUCCAGAAGUAGAAGCCGUAGCCGACGCUGUCCCGCAGCGCGGUCACGGUGCCGCCGAGGUAGAGGCCCCGCACGCCGCCAUCGGCCCGCAGCACGCGCCUGGUGAUGGCCCAGCUCGAGGCGUGCGGGCCGGCGCUCAGCUGGGCGCGGCACUUGAUCAGCUCCGUGGGCGUGGACACGACCCAGGUGGCGAGGCCGCCGAUGGCGCCCGCGAGGAAGGUGGUCCAGAGGUUGGAGCCGGUCGUGGGUGGUGGCGAUGGUGAUGAUGAUGAUAAAGACGAAGGGUUGUGUGGUGUGAGGGCCCGGUUCAGGAGGUCUUCUGAGCGGUUGUAGGAGACGAAGAGGAGGGCGUUGAGGGCGCCGUAGCCGAGGAUCGGCGCCGCGGUGCCCGUUGAGAAUUUGCGCAGGAGGCUGAGGGCUGAGGCGGAUGGCGAUGGCGAUGGCGAUGGCGAUGGCGAUGGAGAUGGAGAUGGCUGGGCCGGGAGACCGGGCGAUGCUGAUGCUGGUGAGGGUGCAUGUGGGCUUCCUGCGCCGCUGCUCGAGGCCUGCAGGCGCACCUUGAGGAUGUCGAGGGGGUUGCCUAUGACUAUGCCGACGGCGCCGGAUAUGUAGCCGGCCCAGAAGUCGGCAGACAUUGUUUAUGGGGUGCCGGCGUCUUCAAUGUCCGUGUCAACUGUCCUGUGCUUCAUACGUGAUGCUUCAAUGCGAUCUUGUCCUUGGACAGUCCUCACGCAGGCACAUAGCACUAGGCACCAAAGCACAUGUACGAAGGGUGCACAGAAUAUCAAGGACCUCCGCGAGUCCUGGAAUGCAAUCCCGAGUGGACACGUUUGAGCACUUUAGAAGGAGGCUAGCGAUGCACUCAAGAAUGGGAGUGCGACUUCACAAAACUGUGGUAACCAGUAAUCUUUCGAAAUCGAUGACAGCGGUCUACGCACUCUGAGACCAAUUGAAUGAAUGCAUCUACGCAGAAGAGAUAUUAGUCGAGUGUAUUGAAGGCCUACCAAGCAUAUCUGGUUAAUUGCGCAGGAGGAAGUCCUCCAUAAUUUACCUCGGCCCAAAUGCUGGGCGGCGGUUUACGUCAACGGUGAUGCGGCAAGAAACGGGCGAGUCGACCAGCAGGAGGAGAAGGCUGGAAGACAACUCGCCAGCCAGCCCUCAUGUUUGUGGAUGCAUGCUGUUCUGAUUUUCAAUUUAAUAGCCAAG